AUGCUGGAGGAUUCAGAUUUUCAAACUGCAGAUAUUGUCAUCUUACCACCUGAAGAUGCAACCAAAUCUGACCAGGAUAGUGGACCAGAAGACGAUGAUGGUGUCAUUGGCAACCUCUCUGGAAAUCAGCUGCGUGCUGAAGCUGAAGCCGUACUUACUGUUGCUGGUUUUCAUAAGCAACAAUUAGAGACAGCCUUGUUGGCUGACGAUAAUGUUGACUCAAAUGAUGACUUGCCGUUGAUUGAAGUCUACGGAAAGAAAGUUGAUAAAGAUGAAAUUAAUGUCAGUAGAUCAAAGCGGCGAAGACAUUCUGCCACAAGCACUCACAACAGCUCAGCAUGUGCAACAACUCCACUACAACAAUCGUCGAAAAAAAGGACUGCACCACCACCACCAAGGCAGUGGGUUAAAUGUGAUUUGAAGCAGUCAGAAAACACAUGGAAUAGUACUCCAACUCCAAUCAAUGAUCACACACCGGCCUCCCUAUUUGAAUUAUUCUAUGAUGAUGUGGUUAUUGACCAUAUCACAAAAAUGUCCAAUUUGUAUGCCCUCCAAAACUUGAAGCAUAUCGAGCCACAAAUAACAUUGGACGUCCAAUUCGUAGUCAUGCUACUAGCUGCCGUACAGUCCAAGAUGGUGUUAGAUUUGAUGGUGGACACAUUGAUGGUGGUCAGAAAAGAUGUGUUCAGUGUGGUAUGA